UGGCACACGACCACAAAAUCCAUAGAGAAAAACGUUAUAGAGUAAAGCUGACAAAAAAAACUGUCGAAAGACUGGCAGUGGCAAGUCUUCUUCGUCUCUGAUUUUCUCUUCGUAUCAUUUCGAAUUCCAACCAGAGUUUCGUUCAGAUGACUGUAAACACAGAAGAAACAGCGAAAAACAAUGAACAAGAUCAAGCUAAAGAACUAAAACAAGAGAAACGAGAGGAAGAAAAAGAAACGGAGAAUCCCAGAAUCUCAGACUCAAGUCUUUCACUGUCACCGCUGUCUAACCGGUCUUACAAAACACCUUCCCCGUCGGCAGAUCACUCGGCGUACUUCGACCAAACCCAUGAGGCCAAUGAGUAUUCGUGGAUCGAGAAGAUGCCCACGAAGCCGCCUUCGCCCCUGGCCCAGCGCAAUCGGUCCUUCCCGGCUGAACCUCUGGUGGUGACCGAAGUGCUCGACCCAGAAGCUCAUGACGGCGUUGUCUUUUCCCCAGGAGAAGAAGAUUCAGAACGCGAUGUCGGCAACGGAAACGGAGGUGGGCUUGGUAGUUUUAAUCGGCGGAAGCUGAGGCCGGACUUGCCCGUUAAGCAGAGGACGAGGAUGCAACAUGGGUUGGUGAAGAGGGUUUUGUUGGGGUUUAGGAUUUGUGGGUUUGUGUUCUGUUUGAUCUCAUUUUCUGUUAUGGCCGCUAAUAGGAACCAAGGUUGGGCUUUUGAUUCUUUCUAUCGGUACAAGGAGUUCGGGUACUGCUUAGGAGCCAAUAUAUUGGGAUUUGCAUAUUCAGGUCUGCAAGUGUUUGAUCUGAUUUAUUUCAUAAGCUCUGAGAAACACUUGGUCCAACACCGCUUCCGCUGCUACUUUGAUUUCUUUAUGGAUCAGAUGCUUGCUUAUCUUCUAAUGUCGGCAUCUUCAUCCGCAUCUACUCGAGUAGAUGACUGGCAGUCCAAUUGGGGGAAGGAUAAGUUCCCUGAUAUGGCUCGUGCCUCUGUUGGGGCGUCAUUUGCUGCCUUUGUUACUCUUGCUUGGAGCUCUGUUAUCUCUGGCUACAUUCUCUGUACUGCUAAAUCUUUGUAGUCACCACUUCCUGUGUUAUCUGUUACCAUAUCUAUACGCUUUUCCUCUAAGCUUACCUAUACAAAUUACAGUACACUAGAUUUGAAUGUGAUAGAUUCUCAGAAUUAAUCUACUCCUAAAAGGACAAUGUUUUCAUGUAUAGAAAUAAGGUUUCUCUAGUUGAACUCCGAGUUAAUGGACUUUGCUAAAAUAAUUUAUUUAUAAUUUUGGGAAUAA